CGUACUACGUCAUUUCCUGAUAGUCUCACUUUCACUGACAUGCAAGCAUGGCGUCUGCUGGGAAUCCCAUAGUAUAUUUUGACGUAAAAAUUGGCGAUGAAGCUGGAGGUCGCAUAAUAUUUGAGCUAUUCAAGGACAAAGUCCCCAAAACUGCUGAAAAUUUUCGUGCUCUCUGUACGGGGGAAAAGGGAAAAGGAGCAUCUGGUGUGGAACUGCACUAUAAGGGAUGCAUCUUUCACAGAAUCAUCAAGGAAUUUAUGGUCCAAGGUGGAGACUUUACUAAUGGUGAUGGUACUGGUGGAGAAAGUAUUUAUGGAGCAAAAUUUGAGGAUGAAAACUUUGAACUGAAGCAUGACAGACCUGGAUUGUUAUCUAUGGCAAAUGCAGGUCCAAACACAAAUGGUUCUCAGUUUUUCAUUACUACUGUACCCACCCCACAUCUUGAUAACAAGCAUGUUGUAUUUGGUCAAGUAAUUGCUGGUAUGAACGUGGUGCGAGCAUUGGAGUAUGAAGAAACAGAUGGAGAACGACCAGUGAAGAAUUGUGUCAUUGAGGACUGCGGAGAAUUGCCUGCAGACUUUGACAUUUCUAGUUAUCAAAGAGCUGAUGAGACAGGAGACUGCUACCCAGAUUUUCCGGUGGAUAGUAAAAUAGAUUUUACAUCUACUUCUUGUAUAGAAGAGGUGAAGAAUUUGGUUCAGGAAGUGAAAACGUAUGGUAAUGACCUCUUCAAGGUGGGCAAGAUUGCACAAGCAAAGAAGAAAUAUCAGAAAGCUCUCAGGUAUCUCGAAAAACUACAGGACGAACAAGACUUCAAUGAAGAUGAACCAAAAACAUGGAAAAAGCUCCUUAUUCCAGUCACACUAAACUUGGCUGCAUGUAAUAUCAAACUGGAAAAAUAUGAUGAAGCAAUGGAAAACUGUAAUGAGGUUUUGGCUGCUGAUGCAACCAACAGUAAAGCCCUUUUCCGUAGUGGCCAGAUACACAGUGCAAAAAACAACUGGGAAGAGGCUUUGAAAUAUCUCCAGAAAGCUCUUGAAGCAAGCCCUGAUGAUAAAGGAAUCUUGCGGGAAAUUCAGAAAGUGAAGAAGACCUUGAAUGAUUAUAAGAACCAAGAAAAGAAAAUGUAUUCCAAAAUGUUUGCUUCUUGAUUACAAAGGGACGUGUGACUUCUUUUUAGGGUUUCAAAUUUUAAUAAUUUGAGUAUAUGUCCAAGUCUUCAUCAAUUUGUCUGCUAAACAUCUUCAUUUUUUUUUUUUUUUUAAUUCUCGUUUACAAAAACAAAUAAGAGGUUAGGUAUUAUUUUCACUUGGGAUCUUUUCAUCGACAUUUUCAUAAAAGGUGUAAAGUUUAUGUUUUAGAUGAGCAUAACUCGCGAAAUUUCCUCCCACAGAUCUCUUUAAUUGUAACGCUCCUAGUCAUAACAUCUCAUUAAUAGACUAUGCUGCCGAUCUCAAAUAAACUUUUUGGGAUAUG